UGGAAUUUCAAAUUGGAAGAAACCGGAGGACGACUGCAACGUGAUCGAAGGUCGACGAUAGAAUUUCGAACCCUCUCCACUCUCAACAAUGAGAACGGAGGAGCCAACGAUACUACCCUUUGUGUCAUCUAUAUAUUUUUGAAACGUAUUCAAGCAUGGGAGCAUCAUUCAGCACAGCUGGAAACUCUUCGGUUGUAUCACGCUGCGACGAAAGGAGGGCGGUAGAUAAUGGUGCAAAUAACCCGCCUCCGAUGAGACGGGUGAUGACGGUCGAGGAAAGAAUGUGGCAAAAGGUACGAUCUUCGUUGCGGCAGUCUAUCUGAACCUGUGAAAACACGAAACGAGGCAUUUGAAUCUAGCACGACUAUUCUAACGUAAAGGUUCUUAUAAUAUUUUUGACUGUAUAUUCGAACGAACGAACGAACGAACGAACGACGCCGGCGACUCUCCGACGAAAAGUGCAAGGACGAACCUUUGGUCCCGAUAGGAUGUGCCGCCACUGCGUACUUCUUGGCAUCUGGCAUCAAAUCGUUUCAAAACCAAGAUCCUCGCAGGGGGCAAAAGAUGAUGCGGCUUCGCGUAGGAGCUCAAUUUGCAACCCUAGCAAUGUUCGUGUUUUAUGUCGGACUGGACAACAUCAAUUUCGAGAUUGCGUAAGUUUUAUGUCGAGGGAUUUUUGUGUCAAUACCAAAAAGAUACGAUCAAUUGUUGUGUACUCAUUCCUGAUUAAACAUUCCAAUUGUGGUUCUCAGCCCACAAUAUCAAAGAGCGAAAAAAGAGGAGGAGGAACGACGACUGAGAGAGCAGCAGCAGUAAGAAUGAACUAGAAUUCGAACAUUUUGUUCGAAAGUAUGAAGCUUUUGAGGUUGGGCUGAUACGACAAAAAUUCGUGGUUUUUAAUAUGAUCGCAAAGCAAUGCGACUCGUAGAACCACCAUAAUAUAAAAGAGAAGCUUCGUUUUGCAAAUUUCGAGUAAAUUCGUCGGAAUGGUCCACUAAGACAUUUGAUCCUAAGCUCCAAACUAGUUCAUAAUAGUUCUCAAUUUCUCCUCGAUGCAAGAAGCUGGAUGAUUUCGUCUUUUUCCAAGCAAUCCGAUAUAUUUAUCCGCAAUUCUCUGGCGACCGCGCGAAGAUUCGAGAGAGACAUUGUAGUCAACGGAGCCAGAGAGCGAAGAUAGUCUCGUAAAUAGGGCCUCUCAACGUUUCCUACUUGGACUAUUUUCUCGAUCAUUUCUUCUCCUGUACUGCAUUGCGACAAGUCGAUGUCGAUCUUAGAACCAAUAAAUCGCAGCUGCGAUACACUAUACGAUGAAAACAUGCGUGGCAUCAACGCCGAGGCAUCUGGGUUACCAGUGAUCCCAGCAUUUACGAAUACAUCAACCAUGUCUUCCCGUACGAUGCAAUUUGAUAAAUCGGCCUGAAGGUCCUUGGCCAGUGUGUGCAGGUCAGUUAUCGUGUAGUGAUCGAAACUUCUUCGGAGGUCCGUACCACGGUCAACCGAGUCAAUGGUAGCCUCCAAGGUUGGGUCACAUUUGUCCGUUUCCAUCUGAACACAGGAACCUCCGACCGAACCUGUUCUGUUCUCUUCUAGACCAGAGAUUUCCAUGUCAACUGGUGUGGAUUGUGUUUCGGAAUUUCGCUGGGUGGGAAAUUCUUCCUCCACUGAGUGUUGCAUAUCCGAAUCUGUAGGUAGUGCGUCGGCCUCGCGUCCUGUGGAGUUCUCUGAGGUCGGACUGCCUAGAGUGGUUUGAAUGGCGUCGGUGCUUAGGAGACUCUCUCCGCUCUCCUUGUCCAUGCCGUGAUUCAGAUUGGGGAACAUCACAAUAGGCGAUGCGGUUCUAUUCUCGUCCAUUGUCUCGUUCGCGCCGGGAAUGUCUUCUGUGCGGGAUACGUCGUCGUUUGGUAUCGUUUCCACAAUCAUAGGAUCAUCUUCGCUCUGUGGUUCAGUGCCACCCGACGGAGAGGAGCCCGAGGCUUCUGAAGCAUCCCACGGUGUCGUCCCGUCGCCGAAUGCACUCUCACCGUCAUCUGGGGUUUUUCUUUUUUCUCUCUCAACAGAUUUUUGCGAAAGUGCGGCAUCCGAUGGAGAUGGGUCGACCGAUUUCGUCCCGUCAUCGGUCGCAAUCUCGCUUUCCUCGGGUUCGGACUGUUGGCUUGUUCUAGCCUCCGUGGAAGUAGGGUCGGGCGCUUCCGUUUCGUCGAGCGAUGUCUUGUCCUCGAUUGGAACGUCACCGUCCUCCGGUUUCGAUUCGACUAGAAGGAGGCGUCCACUGUUCUCAAAAACCGUAAUCAUGUCUGAUUUUUCAACGACAUCUUCGCGCCUGAAAAACACCCCGGCAUUUUCCAUAGCUUUUUUAAGUUCUCUUAUCUUCAUGCGUUUUAGGACUUCGAGUUCGUACUCAACGGGUUCCGGUGACGGAAUAAUGACGAUCCAGUUUUCUUUGAUCAAGUCUUGGAUCAAAUCAUUCUUUUCAAAGACGCCGGAAAGCGGCCGCCGGAGUAGUUCCAAAAGGCCAGAGACGGGCAUUCGCUUUAGCUCGUGCAUUGCGUACCUCGGUUUCCUCAGCUUCAUUCUCUCCUUUCGACCGGCUUCGUAGCUGGGAUCGUCUGUGGGAAGCUCGUAACGGCAGACCGGGCAGGUACACAUAUGGUUGACCAACCAGUCCACGAUGCACGACUUGUGAAAGAUGUGGGCGCAUGGAAGUCGGAUGACUAUUUCGUCCAGUUUGUUGUCUUCCAAGCAAAUACAACAUUCUCUAUUGU